UUUAUGUAAUCUGGUACAUUACAAAAAUAUAUUCUGGCAACACUGGUUCCAAAAGAAACUUAAAUGUCAACUUCAUGUGUCAAAUUCAGCAGCGUUAUUAACCGGGUGCUGAAUUUUUAUUAAAAAAAAUCCGUAAUAUAAAUUAAAAUAAAGCUAAUUAAUACUUUUUAAAUCUAGCUAUGAGUAAAUUGGAAGAAAAAAUAUUGGCUUCUUUGGAUUCUAUUGGUUAUAAUGGUCCUUGCUUACAAAAACCAAACUUUCCGAUAGCAGUGGAAGGUGGGCCAAAAAAUAUCGAAUACACAAAACUAGUUAAUUUUCUAACAAAUGAAAUUAGGACCUUAUCUGGAAUUGAUGAGGAGGUCAAUGAAAUAUCUACUCCCGAAGAUUCUGUAUCUUUCAUUAUGGAAGUAACAUCGUUUUUAAAAGAAUUAAAUUGUCCCUAUAAAUGUCUAACCGAGGGACAUGUAUCGGAUAGAUUACAGCAUGUGUCAGAUAGACUUCUCUUGCUGGAUUAUUUGCUGACGGAACUUAUGGGAGCACGAAUUUUACAUGAAAAGAAACCUAGUAAAAAAAUAGAACUGAAGCUUCAAGAGACGCCUGAGGGGAAAGACAUGAGAUUAAUUUUACAAACGCUUCGCUUUCCCAAACCGCCUGCCAAUAUUUCUAUACCAACUUUGUUUCAAAAACUUAUACCUACCAUUCCUAUUGUCGUAAAAAAAGCAGGAGCUGAUAUCAUUGGUAAAGGAAUAUUCAACGGGUUUCUGUCUAAUAAACAAUGGGAAGUACUGGAAGGAGUUCAACAAGAUUUGCACAAGGAAUACAAAAUAAGGAGAGAAAUGUUGCUGACACGUCUCGACGUCACCAUACAAUCGUUUCAGUGGUCGCAUAGAACUAAAGGAAAGGACGAUGUUUUCGAAAAGAUGUAUUACGAAAGGAGAAAAAUGUUGAAAGUGGAACCAGACGUUGAUAUAUCCGAUUUAUUAGCUGCUAGAACUGAGAUCGCGAUCAUUGAAAAAACUAGCAACUCCUCUGUCAGAAGAAAUACAAGAUCGGCUCUGAAUAAAGUCAUUAUCGGACAAGUCCCAGAUAGAGGCGGUAGAACUUCAGAAAUAGCUCCUCCACCUCCCGAAAUGCCGUCAUGGCAACAAAGAUCAGUUGGAGGCGGCGGAGGUCGCGGAGGCGGUAAUUUCAAUAGAGGGGGAGGCAAUUUCAACAGAGGUAGUGAUAAUUUCAAUCGAGGAGGAGGCAAUUAUACCAGAGGAGGCAUGAACAAUUCUCAGGGUGCCAAUAAUUAUUCGAGAGACAACAAAUUCUCUAAUUACCAAUCAGGAGGAGGUAAUUACCAAUCUGGAGGCGGUGGUUACCAAUCCGGAGGUGGUGGUUACCAAUCAGGAGGUGGCAAUUUCCAAUCUGGAAGAGGCAGUUACCAAUCCAAUCAGAGCCGAGGAGGAUAUGGAGACAACAGGAGUUUUGACAGCGCCGGGAGUUUUAGUACCCCAAGCGGAGGUGGUGGAAGAAGUUAUGACAGCUUUCAAGCCAAUAAAACCACCUACGCUGAUCAAUACGUACAAGAGAAGCAACAAAAUCAGCAAUACCAUGCGAGAGACGAUCGAAGGGACGACCGGGACGAAAGAAGAGGUAGUGGUAGAUCAAACUAUCAGAGAGGCGGCGGUGGAAGAGGAAGGGGAGGUUAUAGAUAGAGUUAAGACUUAAACGUGACGUUAUUUGUAUGAUCUGUAUCGUUCUGUCUUUGAUUUUGAUUGAAAAAAUUCGAUUCCUUCUCAAUUUCUGGAUGUAAUUUUGUUAUCUAAUAAGAUUUAGA